AAAUAAGAGCCUUUAUACACGUGUCACUUUGGAGGAGUUUUCGACGCUUCAUAGUUUUAUAGUAGCUUAUGUAGACUAGAAUGGAUGCAAACGAACUGUCGCCUCCAGUGGUCCCUACGCACGAUACAAACGGCGAUCCUGGGAAAAUUUUCGUCGGAGGCCUUUCUAAAGUCACGAACGCUGACCGUUUGAAAGAAUACUUUAGCAAAUAUGGCGAAAUCAAGGAGUGCUUGGUUAUGCGUGAUCCUGUGACCAAAAACUCCAGGUGCUUCGGAUUCGUAACAUUUCAAGAUCCAAACUCGGUCGAAGAUGUGGUCAGUUCAGGGCCUCAUGUGCUGGACGAUCAAACAAUAGAUCCAAAGGUUGCCAUUCCAAAGCGGCCUCAACCAAAGUUUAUAACAAAAACGAAAAAGAUAUUCGUCGGUGGCCUCUCUCCUGAAACAACAGAGGAGGAUCUAAGAUCAUAUUUUCAAAAUAACUAUGGCAAGGUGGCUCAGUGUCUGCUCAUGUUCGAUACGACAACUAAACGUCAUCGAGGAUUUGGGUUUGUGACUCUGGAGACGGAAGAUAUUGUUGAUAAAAUAUGUGAAGAACGUUUUCAUAAAAUAAACGACAAACGGGUUGAAACGAAGAAAGCUCAGCCGCGUGAAGUCAUGAAUCCUCAAGGAAGAGGUCGCGGACGAGGGAUGUUUGGGAGAGGAUAUGGAUAUUAUCCACAGUUUACCCCAUUUGGUUCGUUCCCUCCUGCACUCGGCUAUCCUCUGCCUGGUUACCAGGCUGCAGCUGCCGCGGCCAAUGCUGCCUACACGACCCAGGCCCCUCCACAACACGGUAAACCACCGAGGAAUCCCGAACGAUCUCGUCCGAACUUUACUUACACCUACCCUUCGCUUCCUGGAAACUAUUACUCCUCUUUUAUUAACGCCUCUGGUGAUAGACGUCCUCAUUACUACGCAGAAUAUGCCAAUCUCUCAUCACCAGGUCUCCCACCAAGGCCUGGCAACACGACCGCACGCACUGACGGCCAACCGUCCGUUGACUACCCCGAUUAUUCAGGUGUUCAAGUAAACGGAUACUCGCCACAAAAUUUCGGAGCUCCCCCUUCACCUCUCUCAAGAUUCGCACCCACCACCAGUCCCGGCCCCAUGGGCCCAGAUCUCGCUAGCUACAUCACGUCAGCAACAGAUACCGCUCUGGGGUAUUCUGCUUCAAGCCCCCAGGCGACCUCUUUUGGCCAUCCAAUGGCGAUUUCACUCAGACAAUAAAAAAUGCAGAAUUGAAUGAAUUGAUAAAUUGAUGGGAUUAAGACACUGAAAGUGAUCUUUGGGAAAUAUUAUGGAUCGAGUGGGUAAAUAUGGUAAAACCUGAAUAAAAGUACAUUUUUGGGAUUCAGCUACUCGUACUGAACAUCUUGAUGGUUACUCCAAUUUGGAGCUUUGCCGAAUGGGUCUAACUUAUAUUAUUGUGCAAAUGCAUUAGGUAUAUCUAUGUGUCUUCUGACUAAGUGCUCUAGAAACACAGGUAUUUCCGAAGCGAUCUACCAGAUCUUAACGGUUGUAACGUUUUCGAGUUCCAAAAUCAUCUUUUUUUAUAAAUUUCUUGUCCUAAUUUUUCGAGAACUUAACAUCCAAUAUUUAAUUUCUAUGACGAACACAAUCAAGCUUGGAAUAACUAAAAUUUCACGUGAAUUGUGCAAAACGUCUUGAAUAAUUGGUUCAAAUUCGGCUGCGUAUCUCACUAACCAUUGGUAGUCGAACAAGGCAUUUUCAUGUGACAAGUUUUUACCUUCUAACGAAGAGCAUCAAUGUCACAUAAGUAAUUGUUUCUAAGUUAAACGGCUUAAUUCGUAAAACUAAUAUAUGAUUAACCAAAGUUAUUUGUUGCAAAAUAUUUUUUCACACGAAAGUUAAUCGUUGGUUUAAGAGGCGCAUUAUGGUAGUAGGGGACAAGGAUGUAAUGUCGACUCUAAUUUAAUAUGUUUACCAUCAAAUUGAAACUAUAACUUCAUCACUGAGUCACUGAGUAACUUUUUAUGUUGAGCAGAUCCAUUUAUUUUCUCAUACUGUUAAAUAACAGUCAGUAAUUUCUACCUUUAAACGUAACCACACUAUACAAUAACUGAUUUUUGGAUGUAAUUUAAUCGUGUUAAUAUUACGACACGCAGCCGUUGAGAACCAAACGUAGCAUAUUGUAAAGUCUUCUGUACAUGUGUUUUGUUUUAAGAGAUUGUACAUUUUGAAAAAUAUUGCACCUUUAAGCGAUUAGAAAGGGCUUGUACAUGACCAGUUCCCGGUUGUCGUUACCGGAGCAUGCAUUCUGCCAUGGUUUUCGUUUGGUUAGGAUGUACUAUAAUGUACAAUUGCCCUGAGUUGUAAAAGACGUCAAAAAAUGAAGCUUACAAAGUUACAUGCACAAUUUUGGCAUAAAAUGCCACCGUAGUUGAUUUUAUUGUACAAUUUUAUUGUUUUUUAUGUGUUGUCAAUAUGAUAUGAUUGUAUGUAAAGGUCUUAAGAACUAGGCGUUAGGCAAAUCUGGCAGUUAAAUUCAGAAAGACGAUGUUUAUUUGAGUAUUUUUGCUUCAAUGCUUCGCUUUGGCAUUUGAAAUGUCUGCAUGUACACAACUCUCAGGGUCAUCUUAGUUCCACUUAUUAGAACCACUUAUCUUAAUUGAAAACGUUUAAUUUAAUUUGAAAACGUUUAACAUGAAUGAUAUUGCCUAUCUUUCAAAAAAAAUUUAUUAAUAAAUUUUUAAUAAAGUCUUUCUGGAUUUUUUCAGCCUAGAAAAUAGUUUUAAAGCUUUUAUUUGAAUAUGAUGCUAGAGAUUGUAUACUUGAUAACUAACAGUCAGUCGAUGGAUAUGGACAGCAGCUGAAACUCUUCAAAGCGUCUAUAACACUAACCGUAUAACACCGGCAUUUCAGACCUUGCAUCGAUUGACUGUGGUGUAAUUGUCAUGUUCUGUCACGACGUCGUACGAAGGGGUACGAUGUUGUUUUGUCGAAGCACGUUGAGAAUUGAAUUGGUAGAGUGAUAAUGAUAUAUAGUGGAUGUCGUGUGUUUGUUAUAUAGUAUUUGAAAUAGAGAGAAGAUGUACGCAAUAGAUUGGGUAUGCGAGGGGUCUCACCAAGCUUUUGUAGGAUAUAAAUGACCACCAGAUAACCGGACAUUUUGAGAAAUGUUGAGACUUACACGGGCAGGAAAAUCAGUGUGGAGAUCCUCUUCAUAAUGCACAAUUUAUUGCUCAUCUGUAGGAUAAAUGUCUCUUUUGAGGGAUUGUUAUAUAUAGCACUAUGCACCACUGGUUCAUUAUGACCAGUAUUAGCCACUAUAAUCUUCUUUUCAGCCUGCAAUUUCUACCGAGUCAAAGGCCUUGUAUAGGCAAAAUAUUUUCUUGAAUAACAUGGUUAACCAAGGCGCAUUUUUAGUUCUGAUAAUGCAGCUUGACAGCGUAGAAUGAAACGGAUAUUUCAAAGGUUUUAUACCCAUCUAAGAAAUCAGUACCUAAUCAAAUAGGAGACACGAUUUUUAUCGUUUUUUUCUGCAAGAAUGACUGGCCUGAGUACUCGGUUAUUUUGCACCUGAAGUGGCUAUCCUCCGUAAAACAUCAAAGAUGUAAAUUCAGACGUACAAUGAAAAUUUAAUCGCAAUUUGUUAAGAAGUUUGCUUCAUUUCUGACUUUUGUAGCAAUAUUUAAAAUAAGUUAUAUGUUUAAAUAAAUAAAGUAAUAUCGGCAAUGAUUUCAUGUCUAUGAAUCUAUGAACCUAUUCUUGAACAAGCCUUAUUCUAAUGGUAUAUAAAACCACGCCCAAGUCAUAUGGCUAGGGCCAGAAUUAGAGAGUUACGGUUCCAAGGGUGGGCAUCAUUGGGACGUG